AUGAUGGCGGGUCGUUCGCCCUUUGACGUUGUGGGCAUGGCUGGUGAUGCAGAGCAGAAUACCGAGGACUACCUGUUCCAAAUAAUUCUUGAGAAGCAGAUACGAAUUCCACGAUCACUCUCAGUGAAAGCUGCCACUAUUCUGAAAGGCUUCUUAAACAAAUUAAGUUAUUAG